AUGCCUUCUAUAAAUUUCUUGAUUACCUUAUCUCUCUGCAUAAUUCUUAUAGAGAGGAAAGUCAUAUCUAAAGAAUUAUAAUGCAAAGAUAAGGUCAUAAUAGUCGGAGCGGGAUUAUCAGGAUUGGCUGCUGGCUAGAAAUUGUAAAAAGCUGGAUGUGAUGUCGUAAUUAUUGAAGGUUCUGAAAGAAUCGGAGGCAGAAUUAAAAGCGAAAUUAUUAGUUAAGAUGUAGCUAUUGAUCUAGGAGCUUCAUGGAUUGGUGGUACAGGGAAAGAUUUUGAUAUGGGGGCAAAGCAAAAGUACUAUUAGCAUUAGAAAGGGGAAUUAGACAUCGACUAGAGUGAUCUCAACUAAUACAUUAAACUACUUAAAAAUUAUCUAAAAAGUCAUCUCACUUUAGCUACAGACUAAACUUCCUUGGAGGAUAUCUUUCGUAAUUUUACUGUUAAAAGCUCGAGAGUUAAUUUGAAAUCUUAUAAAAACUUUAGUUAAAGCUUUAUUUAUGGUUUUAAAAAUGCUGCUGAUUCUGACUAGCUCUCAGCAAAAUAUGUUUUGAGUAAAUUGUUAUUUAUUGGAAAAGAUCAUGUUGUCGAGGGUGGUUUUUAAAAGAUAACAGAUUAGCUUUCUAAAGAGCUAAAAAUAAUACUUAGAAAAUAAGUGGUAGAAAUAGAUUAUCUAAAUGAUCUAAUAACUAUCAAGACCACUGAUGGAGAAGUAUAUUAAGCCAAUAAAGUUAUAGUAACAGUUCCCCUUGGUAUAUUAAAAAGUAAGGAGAUCCUAUUUAAUCCACCAUUGAUCUAGAGUAAAUUAGAAUCAAUUGAGAAACUUGGCUCUGGAAUUAUGGAUAAACUGUUUUUAGAGUUUGAUCAUGUAUUUUGGGAUUAAAAUUCUACUUGGUUUAAUCACAUUUCUGAUAAAGGUCUUAAAUGGAUUAUCACAGCUAAUCUAUUCAAGUAUACAGGUAAACCAAUCCUAAUGAUGUUCAAUAUUGGAAGGGAGGCCAUAGCUUUUUCAGAAUAAUCUGAUGAGAGAGUAUUAGCUUCAGCUAUUUGGGUCAAAUUCCCAUGA